CCCUAUUUCAAACCAGCCUCGCUGAACUGGGCACCCCUGAAUAAAUAUUGCUCGAAAUAAAACUAAAUAAAUAUCUUAAAUCACUUUUUUUAGAUCCUACGGCAAUAGUUUCUAAUAUUACGUUAUUUUAAGGGGUACAAUAUUAGUUGACCUGGAUGUGCCUCUCUCCAUCGCAUUCUUCAUUUUUUAUUCUCUUUGUGACAAACUAGUUAAGAUCAUUACAUUUAAACUUUCUAUGCCUAAGCACGAACGUUUGCCUGUGAUUUAUCUUCUACUGUUGAUAAUGAAACAUAAAAUGUCUAAAUGAAAUGAAAUCAGUACUCCCAUAUGGCAAAUAUGUAAAACAGUUAUGGGAAUUUAAUAUGUCUUCUAUUGUUAUACUGAUAUUUUUAACAUGUAUAAAUAACGUUUAUCAUCAUCAUCAUCGGUCAACUUACUGAUAAUUUGAUGUUGUUAUUCUGAGGUAGUUUGGCAGUUUUAUGAGGAAAUUUAAUAACUGCUGGUGUAUCAACUUAUUGUUUCUACGACACGUUCAUUUGUCGUGAUAGUACCUUUGAUGCUCGCAGCAUUUCACGACAAUUUGCAACCUCUAGGUAUAUCUUUUAUUUCAUUUCGGUGUUCUCAAUUAAUAACCAAGGUUAUUUUGAAAUUCAUUUCAAAAGGUAUGGCGUCAACUGAUCUUAAAUCCUGUUCCACUGAAAACGCUGGAAAGUUUCUGAAUAAAGAGGGCAAACCAGCUAGUGGCGAUGCUUCAAGACUGGAAUCUACGUCUUACUUAAACGGCAAUUCAGUGAAGACCACUGCUCAUGAAGUGGUUUCUUCUACCACAGAACCAUUAGCUGAAAACAAGGGAUCUGAUGUGAAAAAAGAACGGGUCGGAAUGGAGAUUUCCAGAAAGGAGGAAGAGGAAAAGUGUGGUAUUACUGUGGAGGCAAGGAGUGGACACGAGAAAGAACGUCACCAGCAGGAGUCUGAAUUGUUUUCCAAACGUAAGUUAGUUAAUAGUUUAAAGUUGUCUACUUACAAAUGUUUCUUGAGAAGUUGUUGACGUGUUAUUGUCUUCGAAUCACAGUAGGAAGAGAGGCAAAUGUUGAUGACCCUGGAGAUGCAACCUUUUACUGGUGCAGUAAGCUCUCUGAAUAUUUGAAAAUUUACUUUGUUCUAAUUUUUAUCAACUAUAGUUACACCCAGGAAAUUUGGUACCAAAGGGGAGGAUACUACAUAUCAGAGAGGCGGUGUCCUAAAUGCAGUAGAAAACAGGGUAGUGGAAUUCAAAUCUCUUACUGGUACACAAACUGCAAAGCUCCCUUGGAAAAUCAUGGAACUAGCGAAGGAGUUCAUAUGUGGCUGUUUAAAUGGAAAUAGGAAAGGAAUAAUCUACUUCGGAGUUGGAGACUCACAAGAACGAUGUUCGAAGUUUAAACGGGGAGAAAUUCUCGGACUUGAUAUGGAAAGUGUCAUUGAUGAUGUGGUGAACGCUUUCCAAAAUGUUCUAAACGAUCACAUAAAGAGCGAUGCGGGCCCACUUCAAAAGGGAGGGGAGCAGAAUUGUGUCAACAUGGAGUUUGUUCCAGUAGUAAACCAGGAAAGCGGUACAGGUCUUUACGUCGUCGAAAUUGAAGUGAAUCGAGACUGGAAGUUCUGCAAGGACCACAUCUACUAUUACAGAACUUGGGUUGAAAAAAAACGAGGCCGUGUAGACAAAGAUAAAGAUACGCCCAAAAAGAAAAACCUGAGAGAGUUUUACGAAGUAAAAAAAAGAUACGAUAACGUUGCUAUUAGGGAAUUUGGCUCUUCGACUAACCUGAAGCAAGGUGAAGUUCAUGCCCAGGUAAAAGAACCCCUUAUGGUAGGGUACGCGGCGUGGCAGAGAGAAAGAUUAGGUUAGUGUAUGUUCUUGCCACAGGUGAUGUGACUUUAACAUAAUAUUUAAAUUACCUUAGCCAAGAAUUCAAAGGAAAGUUCCUUGACUCCACUUUAGGAUAAUUCAACCUUGAUUCAUCUGUGUGGACCGGCAGUCCCUCAGUUUACCAUGGGACUGACUGUGAAAAAGGUGAUUGACGUUGACGAUGCUAUGAGAAUACCAAGUAGAUUUGUUGCUAGAACAGUAACAACAAAUGGGUUUUCAUACAAAAACACGCGGUGGGGCUUUAAAAUAGGGUGCAAAUGCCCCACCCUGAGACUAGACUCCAAAAUUGCAUGGUCCAGUAAUUAAGCUACAAGGGCCAUAUUUAUAGGAAAUCUGUAAUAAUCUGAUCAAAAUGCGUGAAACAUCCUUCGCAAAUUGCCCCUAUUCGCUAGUUAUAAUUAUUACAAAAACGAUCACAUUGAUCUGAUUAAUAUCAACGACAGAACUAUAAACUAGAAUUUUAAUAAUACCUUUCUUAUUGUCGAAGGUAUUUAAUAUAGUGAAUGAUAAACAAAAAAACGACGAGCUUAACAUCAGUAUCUUCCCAUCACGAUGGAACUGUUUCGUCAACGUUGACUGUCGCAUUGAUCGUACAAUAAACGAAGAUUAUAUCAACUUUCAAAUAUUUCGCAGAGUCUUUGUAGGCCUUUCUGCCUCAACCGAUUCGCUCACAAAGAAAGAGUCUUUUCCUUUUAACUCUUCAAACGAUGCAUUGAUUGGUUUUCCUCCAAGUGCAAACUGUUCACGAUGGCGGGAAACGAUUUCUCAACCGGAUGCAAAAACUGCUGUGGAUUAGGGUGGUGAUGGAGCGAAAACCACGAGGAAAUUUUUAAAGCAUACAUAUUAAAAAUAUAGUUCUUUAUAAAACUAUCUAUAGUUGUCAAUAAGCAGAGUAUCGAAAAAGGUAAAAAAGGAACAAUGUUAACCGCUUCAAGAAGAAUUGACAAAUGCCCCACCCCCGUGCAGAGGCUUCUGACAAAUUCCUCACCGCCGGGACCGACAAGAUGACAAAUGGCCCGACAAAUACCCGGGGGGAUGGGGGAGGAUGGGCACACUUGGAAUUGACUGAGCCAUAAGCUUGCCUUCCCGGGACAAAUUUAUCAAAUCGCUAUCAUUUAAUAAUGGCCAUGAAACAGUGCAACAUCUUUUAGGUUUACAUGAAGGAUUGAACUACUAAUUCUAAUUCUUCUUAAUAACAAAGACAAAACAUCAAGCUUAUGAAAUUAGGAAAAGGAUGAUAUUUUUAUAUCCCAAUUGUCACGCGAGUAACAUGAUAUAUCUGACACGCAGACUGAUAAUGAUCUUGAAUCUUGAGUCGAGUUUUGUCAGCCGUCAGCCUAACGUUACAAUUUUAAAAGUAGGUUGAGUUUGAUCGUCCUGGUGAACGUAGUCCUGAAUAGGACUGUUGUUGUUGACAGUGACUGACGUUUCGACAACCUGUGCGGUAGUCAUCUUCAGAGUCAAAGUGAGUUGUAUCACGUCAGUUGAUGGUAUUAUUCUCUGGUUAUUAACCUCUGCCAUUCGGCAAAAAUGCUCACCGCCCACUUGUUUUUAUACUUAGUUGAAGCUGGAACGGCGUCAUUCACCAGAACAUUUUCUUGAAAAGAAGUUUUAGGAACGCGAAAUCGUUCUGAUCCGGACUCCACCUCCAUCACGCGCCGUAAUGUUAAUCUACUAAAAGCUUACUAAAAACCCGCCAGCAUGGCCGCAUAUUAAAUAUUCAUUUCAUUUAUCACGAAUAAGAAACAAAUAAUAGCCUACUGAGCACGUCUUCUAAUUACCUAUUCUUCGGAAAUAAUUCCACUAAAUUCUCUCACUAGUUUGAGAAGCCAGCUCAAAAACUCGUGCUUCGGUUUUCAUCAGGGGUUCCAAACACCUCGAAACAAUAAAAGCACUCCGCCUUCGGCGUCGUGCUUUCAUCCGUUUUUCGGUGUUUGGAAUCCCUGAUGAAAACCGAAGCACGAGUUUUUGAUCUACUACUUCAAAACCGUUCGAAAACAUGAGAAGCAUGCCGGUGGACAACCUACAAUAAAGAAAAAAUGUUUGUAUACUCACUAAUCGAAUCGAGCAAAAACAAACAACAGUAGCUGAAAAAAAAAUUUUUCGCUCUAAAGAAAUACGUACCUCGAAAUUAUUCACCUGACUUGCCAGUAGCAAGAAAUAUUAUCAGUUAAAUUUCAGUGGUUCAACAGUAUGAACAGGAGGAAAUUACGCAUUUGAUUGUUAUCCUAAAAGAAAAAAACAAACGAAAAACACACUUUAGUCAUCUGACUUAUUGAACAGCACAAAGACAACGACGGAAGCGGAAAAAAGUCGCCAAAUCUUUACCUGACCAUGCAUGAACCUGAGCGGGUCAGGACAAAUUUAAAUAAAGAUGCCAACCCGUCAAUACAGAAAGUCCAGAAUCUGGGAAAUGAAAGAAAAUAAAUAAACAAAAAGCCUUGCCAAGAAUCUGGUCUUUGCGCUUGUUCAAAUGCAAGAUAUUCGGAAAAGGUAAUGGAUUCAUGAUAACCGUCACGAAUAUACAGACGUAUUUAGUGAUGACUUAGUAUACUAUGAUAAAGUUGAUGUUUGGUGUAGUUGGUGUAGUUGCUGUAGCUGGUGUAGUUAGUGUAUCUGGUGUAGUAUGUGUAGUUGCUGCAGUUGCUGUAGUUGCUGUAGCUAGUUUCAGGGGCGGAUCCAGGAUUUUUUUUAGGAGGGGGUGCACUCGUCUCUUGCUCUACUUCAACACCAAUAAACCACAUAGUUUUUUUUUUUUUUGCAGAAUACCAGUUGUAUUAGAAAACCGCAGGUCAUCUCGGGGGGGGGGGGGGUGCGCACCCCCUUCACCCUCCCCCUAGAUCCGCCCCUGAGUGUAGUCGGUGUAGUAUGUGUAGUUGUUGUAGCUGGUGUAGUUAGUGUAGUUGCUGUAGUUUCUAUAGCUACUGUAGUUAGUGUAGUUGCUGUAGUUGCUGUAGUUGGUGUAGCUUUUGUAGUUGGUGUAGUAUAUGUAGAUAGUGUAGUAUAUGUAGUUAGUGUAGUUUGUGUAGUUACUGUAGUUAGUGUAGUUACUGUAAUUACUGUAGUUUGUGUAGUUGCUGUACUUACUGUA